UAUAGUCAAACCCAUUUCAAUUUUUGAACCAACCCUUCUUUCUUCUUUCUCACUCUCCAACAUCACACAAACACAAACUCCACAAAAACACAAAAAAAACACUUCUAAAAUCCAAAUCAAUCUCCCUCUCUCUUUCCUCACCCCUGCAUUUUUCCUUUGAAGCUCUGUAAUUAACAUUUUCUGUAUCUCCAAAUUGAAGAGAGAGAAAGAGAAAAAAAAAGAAAGUGACCCAUCAAAUAAACAAGGGUGUGAGUGUGGGGGAUCACUUUGAGAAAAGAGUAAAGCAAAAACCAUCAGUGGUAAAUAGUAGUAUUUCAUCAAACCCAAUUUUUUGUAGGGUUUAUUUUUUUAUUUUUGUUUUUAUUGCCCACCACAAUUUUAUACUUGACUAAAAAUAAUCAAGAACUUCUCUUUUUCUCUUUUUGAUGCAACAGACAAGAAUUGAUAGAUAGAUAAAGAGAGAGAAAAAGAGAGAGAGAAAUGGUGGAAAUGUUGGGUUCAAAUUUAAACUGAUUUUGGGACGAUCUAUUGUGGGUAAUUAAAGAUCUUAGCUUUGAUAUAUUUUGGUGCAAAUUUUUUCUAUGUUAAGCACCGAAAGUUCAUGGUUGCUCAUGAUAUGUACCUGCAUAUGAUUACAAGGCGAAGAUUGUAGAAGUUGGGGGGGGCAGUAGAGCAAGUAUAAUUGUGUUGAAGAGACGAAAAUGACAUCGGAUGUGCCUCUUGAUUAUGCUGUAUUUCAAUUGUCUCCUAAACGGUCACGCUGUGAGUUGUUUGUUACUUAUGAUGGUACUACAGAGAAGCUUGCAGCAGGACUUGUAAAGCCUUUUGUUACUCACUUAAAGGUUGCAGAAGAGCAAGUUGCAUUGGCUGUGAAGUCAAUUAAACUUGAGGUGGACAGAUACAAAGAUGCAGAAACAUGGUUUACAAAGGGGACUCUUGAGAGAUUUGUGCGGUUUGUUGGCACACCCGAGGUUUUGGAAAUGGUCAACACAUUUGACACAGAGAUGUCUCAGUUAGAAGCAGCUCGGAGAAUCUACUCACAGGGAGCAGGUGACGGUCAGCUUAGUGCUACAGGUGGGGAUGGAACAGGAGCUUCUGCGGCAUCCGAUGCUACCAAGAAGGAGCUUUUAAGGGCCAUUGACGUGCGGCUUGCAGCAGUUAAACAAGACUUGACUACAGCUUGCGCCCAUGCCUCUGCUGCUGGUUACAAUCCUGAAACUAUUUCAGAACUACAGCUCUUUGCAGAUUGCUUUGGCGCUCAUCGUCUCAGUGAAGCUUGCAGCAAAUUCAUCACCCUCUCACAGCGACGUGCUGACCUCUUCAUUAACAACCAGCCAGCAUCAACAUGGAAAUCCCCGUCCGAACUUGCUCUCCGUUCCUCCUCCAGCUCCGACAUGUCCCUCGAUGAAGCAUCUGAUGACCAACCUAAGCACUCCACGUUUCCCACCACCACCUCCAAAGUCACCUUCCCCUUACGCCGCUUUUCUAGGGAGCCUAGUCCGAGCCCUGUUGAUGAUGGAGAGGAGAGAGAAAAAGUCAAAGUCAAAGACUUUGAAAAAGACAAUGCCACGGGUCCCACCACUUCUGCUUGUAACUCAACGACUGAUUCAGAUCCAUCUCCUCCUUCCACGUCAACUGCGACACCUCAACUCACCAGGCGGCUCAGCGUGCAAGAAAGAAUAAGUAUGUUUGAGAACAAGGUUCAGAAAGAAAGCUCCCCCUCCACUACUACUGUUAUUUCUGCCGGGGCAAAACCAGAGCUUCGUCGACUAUCCUCCGACGUCACUUCUUCAACUGACAAGGCUGUCUUGCGGAGAUGGAGUGGUGCCAGCGACAUGAGUAUUGAUGUUAGUGCAGAGAGGAAGGAGCCUGACAGCAAUGCCAACACUCCUACAUCCACAUCCACUUCUAUCCCCCAUCCUGUUUUCCCCCCAAAAUAUAAGGAUCAGAGUGAUUUAAAGGCGGAAGAGGGAGUGAAGGAAUCUAAGCUUCUGGUGAAACCGAAGUUUAGCUCCCAUUCGGCUGGUUUUUCUGGUGGUGGUUCUGGUUCUGAGGAAUCUGCGACAUCUGAGGCAAAUUCUAAGAUAACAUCUUUCUCAGAGAGAUCAUCAGAGAGUGUAGGAUAUAAGGAUCAACCAAGUAGUGGUGCGGUUCGCUCAACUGUAACGCCUAUUGGCAAGGGUGAGGAAUCUGGGCUGGAGGAUCAGCCAUUUUCUAUUCAGACCCAGUUCAGAUCUCAGCCUAGGAAAACAGAACAGUUCGGCAGUGCUGAUCAGGUAGCCACAGAAGAGAAGGUAAAGAGUUCUCUGGGUGGUGGAAGCAAUUCACAGGAAGAUAAGAGGAAGAAUUUUGGGGCUUCUGCAUCUGGAUUUGAGGGUAAAUCUGGUGGUUUGCAAGGUGAGGUAGAUGAGAGGGUGAGGGAUCAGCAGGUUACUAGAUCAACUUACAGGACAUCUCAUAAAAGAACAGUUGAAGUUUCAUCAGAGUCAGUGGCCUCUGAAGCUCAUUCACAGCCUGAAAUUCAGAAUAAAAGAGGCGAGGUUGAUUCCAUGCUUGCUCAGCCUAGGUGGAGAUCCGCAGGGGCAGAAGUUGAAAAGCCUGGAAGGAAGGAUUCUGAGUCAUUGGAGAAGCAGGCUGACAGUUUAGCAACAGAAAUGGAAAAUUCUGGUUGGUACAGAGGGAAGUUCGAAGGACAUGGUUCUGCUUUUGAUCAAGUGAAGAAGCCUGGGGCCAAAUGGGAAGAGAGUGGUAUUGGAAGUCAGCUAGGUUCAAGUGGAAAAGGUGCUCGCGAGAAUGAGGAAGCUUAUUCUUCAACAUCUUCACUGCCUGUGGAUCAAGUUCAGAGGGUAAGACAACCAAAAGGCAAUCUGGGGUCGAACGAUGACCUGCAAAUGAAGGCAAAUGAGCUCGAGAAGCUCUUUGCCGAGCACAAGCUUCGUGGCCCUGGUGACCAACCAAAUUCUGCUAGGAGAACCAGGCCGGUUGAUAUUUCCAUGGAGCAGGAUAUGGCUUCUGUCAGUAGGACUCCUGCCAGGGGGGCUUCUCCUGUCCAGAUGAGUACCAUGAAGUUGGAGGCUGAGCCAAUUGCAGGUUCUAGUAAUAAGGAGAAGAACAAUUAUACUCCAUUGAUGAAAACUCUAGGCAAUCAGGAAAAUGAUGUGACACCAAAGCAAAACACCUACAACCUGAGCUUUUCAGAUGAUUCAAGAGGAAAAUCUUAUCAAAAGUAUAUGCAAAGGAGGGAUACUAGAUUAAGGGAAGACUGGAGUUCUAAAAGGGCUGAAAAGGAAGCUAAGAUGAAGGCGAUGCUGGAUACCCUUGAGAAAAGUAAAGCUGAGAUGAAACUCAAGUUAGCAGGUUCAGCAGACAAGAGGAAUUCUGUCCACGAUGCUCAUCGACGGGCCGAGAAGAUGAGAUCAUUAAAUGUUCGAUCAGCAGUAAAGAGAGGGCAGCCUAUAGACUCUUUAAUGAGUGAUGAGGAUGAACACCAAGCUGAAUAUUUUGGAAAGAAGCUCAGUGAGACAUAUCUGGGGGAUACCUCUUCCAGAAGUGUUCAAAGCAAAAAGGUUGCACCAAUCAAAACUACAGCAUCAACUACACCUCGUAACUCAGUAGCUACUAUUCCUCGGUCUUCUGGGAAAGCUUCUAAUUCUGCUGCAGGGAGACGAAAGUUGCCUUAUGAUAACCCUCUUGCACAAUCUGUUCCUAAUUUUUCAGACUUACGGAAGGAAAACACAAAGCCAUCAUCUGCCGGAGGUAAACCAUCCCGUCCUCAAGGAAGAAACCAUGCUCGUAAAAAGAGUGUUAGUGAAGACUUGUCACUUGUCAAUGAAGAUAAGCCACGGCGGUCUAACUCCUUGAGGAAGAACGCAGCUAAUCCCAUGGAGUUGAAUGAUUCCCGUAAUUCUGAUGACGUUGAGGAUGUUAUUUUCACUCCAUCAAGACAUGGUAAAGAGGAGAACAUAGAUUUAAGAAAGAUUAAUGGUGUUGGGCAUGUGUCUGGUGCGAGUAGAUCAAAGGCUUUGGUGAAAGUAGAAGCAUUGGGAAAUGGACAUGAUUUUGAUGAUGCGAGUUUUGAGACAGAAGAGAUGACAGAUGUAGCCAAAGACGAGGAUGAUGAUGAUCUGGAAAUGACAGUAGGAGGAGAAUCUGCUGACAUGGACAACAACAAAGAGAGAUUGAGCCUAGAAUCUGACAAGUCAGCCAAUUUUGAGUUUGAAAACACCGGUGCUCUUGGAAGUCUUUCCCAGUCAGGCCCCACUUCUGCUACUGAAUUGCCUACUUCCAUGUCUUCCUUUUUUCGUUCUAUGGGAACCAUACAGGACUCGCCAGGGGAAAGUCCCGGGUCUUGGAACUCACGUGUGCACAACCCGUUUUCUUUUUCGCAUGAAAUCUCAGACAUCGAUGUGUCUGACUCUCCUAUGGGUAGCCCUGCAUCUUGGAAUUUCCACUCUCUUACGCAGGCCGAUGCUGAAGCUGCUAGAAUGAGAAAAAAGUGGGGAGCUACUCAGAAACCUAUAGUUGGGGACUCAUCUCCUAGCCGGUCACGUAAGGAUGUGACAAAGGGUUUAAAGCGAUUCCUAAAAUUUGGAAGGAAGAAUCGUGCAACUGAGAGUCUGGCAGACUGGAUCUCUGCUACCACAUCAGAAGGAGAUGAUGAUACUGAAGAUGGAAGAGAUCUUGCUAAUCGAUCAUCAGAAGAUUUAAGAAAGUCAAGAAUGGGAUUCUCUCACAGCCAUCAUUCUGAUGAUGGAUUCAAUGAUACUGACCUGUUCAAUGACCCAAUUCAAGGAUUACAAAGCUCAAUCCCAACACCGCCAGCACAGUUCAAAUUGCGGGAGGAACAUCUAUCUGGAAGCUCACUUAAAGCCCCAAAGUCAUUCUUUUCACUUUCAAAUUUCCGGAGCAAAGGAAGUGAUUCAAAACCCAGAUAAAGAUUGAUUUGAAACAACACAUUUAAGGCAAAGCUUACUGUACUGAAAGCUAAAGGUAGUUAAAGUUUGCUGCAAUGUUGAGAAUCAUUCCAAGAGAAUAGAAUGUAAAGGAUGAGAAGCAUAAGAAUAUAGCGCGAAAUUCUUGAAGCGAAAUGCAGCUACCACACCACAUAAAUCAGCAUGUUCAAUUGCUUUGAUACCAAGAUGUAGUUUGUUUCAAGAUAUGUUGUAUAUUUGUAAUGGUUGAACUGAACAGUUGCCCAAUUGGCGGGAAUGAUACUGUGAUUUUUGGUAGUGCCACAGCAUUCUUUCUUCUUCAGAUGUCUUAUGUACUAUCCUUCUCCCCAGAUUUACUGCA